CUGCUCCUACCUAGAUUCUCUUUUCUCUCCUUUAGCGAAUACGGUUACUAACAAUCUAUCUCUUUCAAUCUCAUCUCAUUCUCAUGUAAACACUCACACAAUCCCUUCUUUUCUUUUCUUUUUCCUCUCAACUCUUCUGAAUCACAACCACUCCUCUCUCAUCAAUCUCAAAAAGCCAAAGUAACGUCCAAACACCACUUCAUAUAUAACAUAACACCCGCCGUAACGUAUCGUGUCCUAUGAUGUUUUUGGUUGUUCCAUUCAAACGUAGGAUGGAAACAAAUCACUUUGUUAUGUUCCGGCGUGUCUGAAUUUGUAAUGCACGUGAUGAUUAUGAUGAUGCUGGCUGUGGCGGCUUAAGAAGCAGAUCCUUUCCUCGGCCAUGGGGAAGAAAGGAGGCAGCUGGUUUUCCUCCGUCAAAAAAGUUUUCAAAUCCUCUUCUAAUAAGGACUCGCCGGUGCCGGAGAAGAAGAAAGACAACAAGAAGGAAGAACAAUGGCAGCUGCAUGAGGCCCCAGAGGAGGUGUCCUUGGAGCAUUUUCCUGCUGAGAGUUCUCCUGAUAUUACCAAUGAAGGGAGUGCCACGUCAACACCGGUGACUGAAGAUAGAAGCCAUGCUAUGGCCUUUGCAGCAGCAACUGCUGCCGCUGCCGAAGCCGCAGUAGCAGCUGCUCAAGCGGCCGCUAGAGUUGUGAGAUUGGCAGGUUAUGGACGCCAAUCCACGGAAGAAAGAGCUGCAAUACUCAUUCAAUCAUACUACAGAGGUUACCUAGCUCGACGUGCUUUGCGGGCUUUGAAGGGAUUGGUGAGACUUCAAGCGCUUGUGAGGGGACACAAUGUGAGAAAGCAAGCCCAGAUGACAAUGCGAUGCAUGCAUGCAUUAGUCCGAGUACAGGCAAGAGUAAGAGCUCGAAGACUCCAGUUGACUCAAGAGAAGUAUCAGAGAAGAGUUGAGGAACAGGUCCAAAGAGGACUAGAGGAACAACAACAACCUAAGCUACUUUUGAGCCCCAUCAAAAUGUUAGACAUGGAUACAUGGGACAAUAGGCGUCAAAGUAGCCAACAGAUUAAGGAGAAUAAUUUGAGGAAACAUGAAGCUGCAAUGAAGAGGGAGAGAGCUCUUGCAUACGCUUUCAACUGUCAGCAGAAGCAAAAUCCAAAUGAUGAUGAUGUUGGAAGCUAUAGCAAUGAGCGUGAAAGAGCCGAAAUGGAUUGGAACUGGUUGGAACGGUGGAUGUUAUCACAAUCACAGAACUCAAGGCACUUUGGGUCACGGGAGAACCUUUAUAGAACUCUUGCUACUGCAACUUCCACCACUGAUGACAUGUCUGAAGAAAAAACAGUUGAAAUUGACAUGGCUGCAACUCUGGAUUCAGCUCAUGCUAACAUGGGUCUCAUCCACCAAGAAUCUUUUGACACAAGCCCAAUAUCCAAUAGGUACCACCAGCGCCACCACAGUGCAGGUGUACCAAGCUACAUGGCCCCAACUCAGUCUGCAAAGGCCAAGGCUCGUAAUCAAGGCCUGUUUAAAAAUAGGGGUUCACCUGGGCCUAACUGGAACUCGUCCACCAGGAGAAGUUCCGUUCUAGGGCUGGGCUGUGACUCAACUAGCUCUGGUGGGCCCACUGCAGCUCAUGGGUUACCAAGAAGUCCAAGCCCAAAAAUUAAUGAAAUUCGCCUCCAAUCCAGACGGAUUUCGGGUAGCAGCCCGGAUAAUGUUCACAUUGAGGAUUGGGCCCUUCCCCUUGGAACCAGUGGUUGGACUUGACUUUGUUAAUUUAUUUAUUUUUCUAAAUAUUCUAAUAAUUAAUAGCAUGUUUUUCUAAA